CUGAUGUGUACUGAUACUGUCAACAGCUAAUUGUUUGACGUAUGACACGUCCCAGCCAUACUUUACGUGAAGAAUGUACUUUUUAAACUUGGAUGUCAAAAUUCUGUUGUGGAUUUCGUAUUCGGAUUAACUUAUUUGUAAGUUUAUAUCACAAUUAACAUGGAAAAAUUAAGUAAAUCCGAUCUUUUGAAAGUGGCUGAAGAGCAAAGAGUUAAGCUUUCUCGAUACGAAAGCCGUCUAAGAGAUGUGGUAACUGCAUACAAAAGUUUGUCCAAGGAAAAAGAGGCUCUAGAAGCAAGCUUGAUCGCACUCACUGCCUCACAAGCCAAAGGGGCCAAGGAGAGUCUUGUUGAAGUUGGUAAUUCAAUAAAUAGUGAUGAAUCAUCAGAUGGAAAUGCAGAGGCAGCAGCUGAAGGAAGCAAAGAGAAUAUACCUGCAACUGAAGGAACCCAAAACACAGAUAAUGAAGUUGAAGAUACUCCUUCUGAACAACUACGACUGCAGCUAGCGACCCUAACCAAUUCACUCUCUACACUUUCUGCAGAGAAGUCGAAAAUGGAAGCUGGGUUUCAAGCAGAUAAAAAAAAGUUGCGUCAAGAAAAAGAAGAGAGAGAAAGGGUGAUUCAAGACCUUCAAAAGCAAAUUAAAGAAUUAGAGAAGCAACACCGCACAGAGCUAGAAACUAUCAAAUCAAAAUUGAUUGUGGAGCGCCAUGAGAGAGAAAGGGAACAUACCGAUCAUGGAGCAAUGAUCUUAGAACUUCAGAAAUUAACUACUGAGGAGAGAAAUGCCAAAGAACAGUUAGAAACCACUAUUUCAGAACUUAGAGCCAGAGCAUUGGCAGCAGAUGCUUCAGAAAAGAGGCUAGGUGAUGCUCACAAUGAAAUGGCAGUAAUGAAAGCAAAAUUACGUCAAAAUGAAGAGACAUCACCAUUACUCUUACAGCUGCAGGCAGAGAUGUCACAACUGAAACAGCAACACACUGUAGCUAUUCAGGAGGAACAACGGCGAGCAAAGGAGGCUGAAGAUAGAGCCAGACACCUUGCUGCAGUGCAUGAGGAACGUGUUGCCAACUUAGAGUCUCAUUUGGCUGAACUCUCAGAAAGUGUUGGAAGCUAUGAUCGUGUCCGUCAACAAGAUCAGCUUGCAAUUCAGAAGCUAAAGGACCAUAUAGCUCAGCUGAGUAUAACCCCUACCCCAAAUGUUGUUGAGCAUGAAAAAGAUGAAGCGUCUGUGGAAUUAGACUCUGUUAGCAGUGUUCAAAACAUUCUGAAAAAUAUUUCUAAGCUGAAGGAGCAACUGGUUGUAACAAACCGCUUGUCUGAAAAACCAAUUGAUAUUGAAGAUGCCAUUUUCAGUCUCUUUAUGGACUUUGGUAAUCGUCAGACAGAGCUACAUGCUGCGUGUAGAGAAGAAAGAGAGAAACUGCUUCAGGAAUUAGAACAGGCAAAGAGCACAAAAGUUCAUUCUCCUCUCUUCCAUGCAAGGCCACGAGAGGAAACAGUCACAGAAGCUCUUAGAAUUCAAAUAAGAAGUCUUCAAGAAAGAGUUCGGAUGCUUAAUACUCAGUUAGAACAAGUUGAAUGUUCAGAGCAAGAAUGGAAAGCACAGGCUACACGUUAUCAGCAGCAACUUGAAACAGAAAAAGCUGCUUGGCGAGAAAAAGUUCUUAACCUUGAAGGUGAAUUAAGGGCUCGAGCAAUUCAAACAGAGCAACAGUUGACUAAGCAGAGGGAGCAAUCGCUUGCUUUACUUGAAGAUAAGGAACAAGAAAUACGGACUCUUAAGAGUAGUUUCCAAAUGUUCCUUCCUUUGGGUAAAAACAAUGAGGCUUCCAGCUCGGUCGAAGAAGCAUCAGAAAAUCAACUUCAAACAUCUGAGCUGUUGGAUGCUGCUUCCUCCAGAAAUACUUCUGAUCAGGCAUUAUCAGGUACUUUACCUGGAAUUUUGCUUGGUACUCUCCAAUCAGAGACUGAUAUGAGUAGUGUAGGACCAGCAGAUAGCCCACACAUUCUUCAUUAUGCGCACGAGCUUGCUCGAAGAGAAGUAGACAUUAGCAAUCUGAGGAAGGCUCGUAAUAAACUAGAAAAUACUUUGCGAGAUACUACAAAGAUUCUUGCUGCUGAGCGAGAGAGACACAGUGAGGAGACAUUGCGCCUCCGAGAGUCUGUUGCAAGAUUGGAACGCUGUCAGUCUCGUGAAGGAGCUAAUCUGGAGUACUUGAAAAAUGUUGUCUUGAGCUUCUUAGAACCAAGUAGUGCUGGCUCUAAACAGCACAUGCUUAAUGCUAUUGGAUCUGUCUUGAGAUUCAGUGAAGAUGAAUUAGAUCGUGUAAGACAUCACAGCAGCAACAGUUGGUGGUACAAUGCAUCUUGAACUACAGAAAAACCCAGUUAUAUCAAACUCCAGAGAAAAAAAAUCAGUAUGAAUCCAGAACAGCUUAUGUAGGAAAAUUACUACUGUGAGGAUAUUACAAAGACUGGAAAAACCAUCAAUUUAGGUGAAAAUUCAGUACAUGCUGCUUUGAUAUAAGUGGGUUUCACUGCAUUUCACAAUUAACAACCGAUAAACUCCUACAUGUUGUGCCUUUAUCUGUGCCAGUGCUCUCUUGAUGGGAGGUCAUAUGGUUGAAUUCAGUAUUGAGGCUGAGACUAAUUUGAACUGUGAUAUUUUAAAUUUGCAAUUGACUAGAAAAUGAAAUUAAGAAGGAUUGUGAUGAUAAAGUGCCUUUCCUCCAAUUCCAAGAAAUAAAGGGUCCAAUUUAAUUUUUUAACAAUAAC